UGAAGUAAGCUACGGUUCCGCUGGAUUAUAAAAUCUUUAACUCAACCUCUUGUUUUCUUUCUCUCUUCAAACUUCUCUUAUUCCUUUACCUAAAACCCUCCGAUUCUCAUCGUCGUCGGUUUCCGCCUCUGUAAGCUGUAUUCAAGCUCCGGCUGACGGUUGUUUACUUUUUGCACUUCACCUGAAGUGGGACCAUUAUGGAUCAUCUGUCUUCUAUCUGAAAAAGUUAGUCAAGAACAGGACUGUGCAUAAGGAUGGCAACUGAGAGCCCUAUGAGGAUGGUGGAGAGUGGCGGAGCUAGAAAUCUGCCCUCUUCUAAGGAUGCUGGUAUCUUUAGGGCGCCAUUAAACCAUAUGACUGCAGACACCUUGGGUUUGCUUGUGAAGGAGCAUAGAUUUCACAGAGAUCAAACAGAUAGUGUUCCUAGUAGAAGUGGCAGUGCACCUCCAAGUAUGGAGGGGUCACUUUCUGCUAUUGGAAACCUUUUAGCUCAACAAAACCUUAACAUGACUUCUAGCAUCGAAAGUUUAAGUAGUGCUCUUGAGCAUUGUAUGUCUGAGGAACAACUGCUCUCUGAUCCUGCCUAUCUGGCUUAUUAUAGUUCUAACAUCAACUUGAAUCCUAGGCUUCCUCCACCUCUUAUUUCACGAGAGAGUCAUCGACUUGCUCGCCAUAUUGGUGGUUUUGGAAACAAGUGGAGAAAUUCUGUAGAUGAUAGUGGAAAUAAAUCCUUGCAAGUGUCCACACUUUCAACUCACAAGGAAGAACCAGAGGAUGAGAAGUCCUCCCCAGAAUCUCCAGAAAGUAAUACCACCUCUGUCCUUGGACAAAACUCAGCUUCUUUGGCUGGUCGACAUAAAAGUUUGGUGGACCUAAUACAGGAAGACUUCCCUCGCACCCCUUCUCCUGUUUUUAGCCAGUCUCGUUCCUCAAGCCAUGCAGCAGAGGAAGCAGUUGAAUUGGAGACAGUUCCAUCAAAUGUCUCCUCUGUCAACAUCUCAAAAUCUUCUGAAUCAAAUUCAGGCUCUUCUGAUGUUUGUGUUGAUACAUUUCCUUUAGAGGUAGAUGCAAUCAGGCUAAUAUCUGAUAAUCAUCAUACAGUUGCCCCUUUUGCAAGCUCACCAUCUCUUGAUGAGAAGCCUGCACAUAAUAAAGAUGGUACAACUACUAAAAAUACUUCUUUGGAGGGUAAUACCUCAUUUAGAGGCGCUCUUCAGUCAGAUAUUGCUCAAACAGAAUCUAGAAUGAGAAACAAACAAGAAGAGCAGCAAUCUUAUGGUAUGAAUGCCCCACAUAAUCAUCAAUCUGUUCAACAAGGCCAUUCACAUCAGGCUGAAGGAGUCCAGGUUCAAAUGAUCUCUCAGGGCAUGACUCAAUCACACAACAGCUUGGAAACCCUGUCCUAUGACCACCAUAGGCUCUCUAUUGACAUCCAGCAAUCAUUGCAUUCUCCUGCACUUAACCAUCCUUCCUAUGCAUCAACAGCAGCCUAUAUGACAGGUGGGACUGCUUUUUACCCUAAUUUUCAGCCAUCUAGUUUGUAUUCUCCGCAAUAUAGCAUGGGUGGAUAUGCUUUGGGCUCUGCAUAUCUUCCUCCAUUCAUGAAUGGCUAUCCUUCUCAUGGUGCCCUUCAUGUACCAUUUGGUGCUUCUGGUCCAAGCUUUGACAGUCGAGCUACUAGUUCUUCAGCUGGAGAAAACAUUCCACAUUUAGGUGGUCUGCAACACCUAGGAAAAAUCUACGGUCAACAGGGAUUGAUGUUUCAACCUCCUUUCAUGAAUCCACUUUUUAUGCAAUACUUUCAACAUCCUUUUGGAGACGCAUACGGUGCUACACUUCAGCAGAACCGUUUGGCUUCAAGUGGUGCACCUGGGAGCCAGAUUGAUUCUUUUCAACAGGAGGAUUCAUCUUUUGCUGCUUUUAGGGAAGGACAGAAACUUCAGCAUCUGACAAAUGGAAGUGUAAGCAUGCCAAAUUCCGGAAAAGUGGGAAUCACUGGUGGUAGUUAUUAUGGUGGUCCUCCAAGUAUGGAUAUCAUGACCCAAUUCCCAACUGCACCGCUUGCCAGUCCGAUACUUCCAUCAUCUCCUGUAAGCAGAGUCAAUCAUUUUGGUCGGCGCAGUGAUACAAGAUUUCCUCAGACACCGAAUAGAAAUCAAGGAAUAUAUCCUGGGGGUCAAGGACAGAGAGGAGUAAACAACUAUGAUGAGCCCAAGAGACAUUAUUUUCUCGAAGAACUAAAAUCAAGCAAUGCUCGAAAAUUUGAACUCUCUGAUAUAGCAGGGCAUAUAGUUGAAUUCAGUGUUGAUCAGCAUGGGAGUCGAUUUAUUCAGCAGAAGCUGGAACAUUGUAGUGUCGAGGAGAAGGUGUCAGUUUUUAGAGAAGUACUUCCUCAUGCCUCAAAACUAAUGACAGAUGUUUUCGGGAACUAUGUCAUUCAAAAGUUUUUUGAGUAUGGAAGUCCUGGACAAAGAAAGGAUCUUGCAGAUAAACUUUCUGGACAGAUGUUGCAGUUAAGUUUGCAGAUGUAUGGUUGUCGGGUGAUACAAAAGGCUCUGGAAGUGAUUGAGCUUGAUCAGAAAAAACAACUGGUUCAAGAGCUUGAUGGGCAUGUUAUGAGAUGCGUACAUGAUCAAAACGGAAAUCAUGUAAUACAAAAGUGUAUAGAAUGUGUACCAACAAUAAACAUUGAAUUCAUUAUUUCUGCCUUUCGAGGCCAAGUUGCUGCACUUGCAACUCACCCAUAUGGUUGCCGUGUCAUUCAGAGAGUUUUGGAGCAUUGCUCAGAUGAUCCUCGAAGUCAAUGUAUAGUAGAUGAAAUCUUGGAAUCUGCGUACCUCCUUGCUCAAGACCAAUAUGGCAACUAUGUCACCCAGCAUGUUUUAGAGAGGGGUAAGCCCUACGAAAGGAGCCAAAUAAUCAGCAAGCUGACUGGAAAAAUCGUGCAAAUGAGCCAGCAUAAAUAUGCAUCAAAUGUCAUUGAGAAGUGCAUGGAACAUGGAAGUCCAGCUGAACAGGAGCUCUUGAUUGAGGAGAUCAUUGGGAAAUUUGAGGAAAAUGAUCGCUUGUUGCAGACAAUGAUGAAAGAUCAGUUUGCAAACUAUGUGGUUCAAAAGGUCCUUGAAAUAAGCAAUGAGAAACAGAGAGAAGUAUUGCUGGAUCGUAUUAGAAUUCAUCUUCAUGCGUUGAAGAAAUACACAUACGGGAAGCAUAUCGUUGCUCGGUUUGAGCAACUUUGCGGUGAAGAAAACCAAGACGAUGAAGAGGAAGUGGAGUGAAGGUGGCGGUUCUGUCCAGCCGUCUGUUUAUGCUCUUGGAAAAGAAAGUACAUUAUAUAUUAUAUUGACAUUAGGUUGGGUGGUUGAAAAUCAGUUGUAUAUUAAUAUUAUAAAUAUAUAUUGUGUUUAUGAUUGUAGGGGUGUGAUGAAUAUAUGUAUGUUAAUUGUAUAGGAAUAACCGUGGUCGGUCGGUCAAAGUGUAAUGUUAUUGUUAUUGUUGUUAUAGCUUGUUGAAAUUUGAUUAUGCCAUGACUAAGAAAUUUUAUACUA